CAGACACAAGAACUUUGGAGCUCAGAAAUGGGGAAAUGCUCUUGCUUAGUUUCAAUGCUCGUAUCCCCCGAAUCGAACAAGGGCUUCGGACGGCUAUAGCUAUGCACAAAGUAGCUACCAGACCCAGUGUGUCACUUCUGCGGCGGCCGUGUAGCAUAAGCUGCCGCCCAUUGCGGCCAGAAGUGGUGCGAAAGUGACAAAAUCCAGGGUGUGCUGAUGUGUCGACAUUAGAGCGCUCACGCAAUUUCCCACACAGCACUCCACAGCCGUACCGGUAACUGUCUAUCAUCAUAUCGCCUGUUUAGGGUGAUGAAUUACAGACUACGAGUCGCAUGCAAGCAGUGACCGGACCUUCGGGAAACUGCGAGUGGUGGUAUUUAGAGCGAUAUGAAGUGAUGUAAAUCAGACGACCGAGUUCUUAGCGACACGAUAGAACUGAGUUUCUUCUCUGGCAUCUGAUGAGAAACAAUGCCAAAACGAAGUUUUUCCCUUGACAGUGGACUGUGUGUUUCCGCAGAGCUGAUAGCGAAUAGUAGCGUACACACUGGAGGAGUGCAGGAAUGUUUCUUGGCCGUCCUGGGGACGUGCUGCUCAAUGCUGGAUCAUGGCGAGAGUGGAGUGGGCAAGUCUAGUCUCUGUAGCAGAUUCAUUCAUCCAGGCGUGGAUACCUGGCAAGAACUGGGUCACGAUCACUCGCACUGGCUGAGCCAGAUUGACUUCUCCGAGGCGGAAAUCAACGGAGACCAUUUCGUCUACUUUGGAGCUGCAAAGCGACAAUGUCGUCAUGUGGAGAAGGGUUCCAGAUCUGAGCGUGCUGCUGCUGCAGUACAACUGAAGGUUCAUGUUACGGAGCACACAGUGUUUGUUGACGACAGUCGUGGUCGGCCUUUCCCAGGUGCUGGCGACUAUACCAGCAGAUCAACUAGCAGUGUUGUGCAGUCGCAGACUUCUGGUAAGGCAUCAUACAGCUGCAGAUCGCGCCUGGGCAUUUCAGCAGGUCAAGGAUGUGAGCGGGUCAUGUGUGAACACCCAAAGUUCCCGGACAAGUACUCCAAGCGGGCUGCUGGCGUUGAUGGGUAUCUCUUCGUUCUGGAUCCAAGCAAGUCAGCUGGCCUGCGCCAGAAGCAAUGGCAGGUGUUUGCAGAAUGCUGGGAAAACCUUCCAGCCAGGAAGCGAGACAAGUGCGCCAUUGCUUUGAGCAAAUGUGAUGCUGUCGUACAGAAGCUAGCACUGUACAAGGCUUUCAACAUAGUCAGCUUCUUUCAACAAGAGAAACCAACUCCUAGGAAGGGCAAAAAGAUAGUGAAAUUUCACGAUUGCCCCGGGAAGCUAGCAAUCCGGUGUGGAAAGUGCAUCGUUCCAGUAUUCCUGACGUCGGCAACGCAGAAUUGCGGCGUGGACGUGCCUUUCCUCUACUUGGCCAAAGCUUGUCUUCAGCUGCCAGGUCUUAGGCUAUCACCAGUUACUUGGCCAGACCUGAUCAGAGACAAACAGCAGCUGGAUCAGAAUUCUCUGCUAUCGGCCAAUAGCUAUCUGAAGAAGAGUGUCACCACACACACCGCACAGUGGGACCAGCUCAAGCUGGAGGUAUUCGAUGACCCCAGGAUGGCGUCGUGUCGUCGCCGCCACGGACUGGAUGUGUGUCGGUCGUUGUUCCGAUCCCACCUUGUACAUCUGACCAUCCCCGCCGCCGAGCGCCGCCUCAAGCAGGACAUUGCCAACAAAGUUGUGCACGGCAUCGUCCAAUUUGACCCGACGAGGAAGAGUAAGCAAAUGAGGAGCUACCUAACAGAGCUAGCUCAAUCUCACCCAGACCUGAGGCUGAGCACCGUUGAGAAGAAGAGGCACGAUAUCUGUGCCCCGUGUCGGACAGCGGUCAAUGAACACACACCUACUAGCACCCCGGUCAUGGACUCCACAGUACAUUCAGAUACACCAUCGCCCAAUAUUGACCUCGCACAGUCAAGCAAUGUCCUUUCAACUGAGCGGGACUCAGACUGGUCAUCAACAUGGCCAGCUACAGCACCUACGCCAUCGAAUGAGCAAGCGGCUGACAUGCACCACAACUCUGGCUCACUCAUGAACUCCAAAGCUGUCAGCGAAGGCUGUCCGGAGAGCACCGACGCAGUUGAAAGCAGAGCUCCUGUGGCAAUGGCACCUGCAGUGGCUACACACGUACAUCACCCACCAGGGUAUGAGCACAUCAGCGCUGCAGGACAGUGCAAAUAUGGUCAGUCGCGUGACAGUGAAAAUGACGGUGAAGAUGAGUACGGCUACCUAUCUGAUGAGCUGCUGGAGCAGAUAUGCAUACCGCUGUCUGCAGCAUACCCUGCAACUUUCCAGCACAUGUCGGACUUAACAACAUGCAGCAAAGAUAGAUGCCAGGCUUGGGAACACCAGCACAAGGCAGUCGUUUCAAGCGAGUCAUCAGGCGAGUCAUCAUCUGGGGGAAGCAUCAGCAGUGACGAUGGAAGUACCACCAGCGAGGCUGACAAAAGCAGUGGUGAAAGCAACCAUACCACAUCAGUUGGGCCAACGAAAGUCAAUGCGCUGAGUGGGCAGUGGAAAACCAAAUCCGACACGUCACUGCAACCAGCCAGGGUAGCUCAAUAUGCAAAGUCAAAGCCUAAAUUAUAUCAGCGCUUGAGGAUAUUCUCCAAGUCUAAACAAUACAUCCAGCUUGACCCACUGCCAGAGAAUCAUGAGUUGCCUCCAGCAAUGCACAUCUAGAUGGACGAGCGUGCAGGCCAUAAAACACCGUAGCCUAGCGGCAUGACAAUGUCGAGGAAUGCUCGAUCGGAAUCAUCUGCAGACUCCAACUACAAUACGGCACAAAAGAAGAUCAUGUAUGUGCUACACAUAUGCGAGAGCUUCGGCAAACGUCCAAGUUGGAUACAAUU